AUGAUUAACCUGCAGUUUCUCUCCUGGAAAGAGCAGCCUACUAUGUUCAGUGCAUCUUCCUCUGGUGCUAAAAGCUAUAGCCAUGGGGGAUCGGCUGCUGCAUCUACGGCACAGCCUGAUGCAUAUGCCGCUACACCUGAAGACAGGAAGUUAUUUUGGGUCUUGGGCUCAGAGGCAUAUCUUUCACCCACUUCGCUUGGUUCCCACAUUGCCGACCAUACCGAAGAAGAUUUUAACAAGGACGACUUCACACGGGCUACGGGUUUCAUUGGUAAAAGCUCAGAGAUAUCAUGGCUGCAGAUGUUGAGCAAAUAUAUGGACUUUGGGUGCGAGAUAUGUCAUCCAACUUCUGAUAUAUCUUCACCGGCUUUGACAUCCUUCUGUGAUGGGCCGAUAGCUUCGUCAAGUUAUCACCUUGACGACUUCGAUAUACCUACUGUUGAGCGACUUGACACAUCUGAGCUCCCGUCUAAGAACACUGCUACAAAGCUUUUCAAUGCGUACUUGAGUUCUGUACACCCAUCAUUUCCCAUAAUCGGAAUUUCGACAUUUGCAUCACAAUUUCAAGCUUUCUUCAAUAACCCGUCUUUGAAGCCAGGAAACAAGUGGCUGGCCAUUUUGAACCUUAUCUUUGCUAUUGGUGCAAGAUAUGCCCAUUUGACCAAUGCAGAAUGGAGAAGGGACAGGGAUGAUCAUUAUCCAUACUUCAUAAGAGCGAGAAACAUGAGUCUCGAGGGUCAACUGCUAAACCAUUCUGACCUACAACAGUUACAGGUUGAAGGGUUGGCGUCGUUCUAUAUGCUAUCAUCUGGCCAUAUAAAUCGAUCCAGGUCAUGGAAGCUCUGUGGCAGUGCUGUGCGAAGUGCACUGAGCCUUGGGUUGCAUUUACGCAAUAUAGGGAAGUGCACUUCCGAUACAUCUAAGGAAAUAAGAUACCGUGUGUGGUGGGCUUUAUACACACUCGAGCAUCGUCUCAGUGUGAUGACAGGCCGACCGUCCUGCAUCAUAGAUAGCUCUUGUACGACCCCUCUGCCUGUCCCUUUCGAUGAGAGUGACUUCCGCAAAGAGCCAGUAAUGCGCCUCAUAAACCGUUCCACACUGGAGGGUCUUGGUCAACUCGGGCCCGCCUCGAAUUCUUCGCCCAAACCAGAUCUUAGGGACACAGGUAAAGGGACGGAGAGCGCAGAUGUAAACGCCACUACCCCGUGCAAGUCCUUGUACUUCCUUCAGCUGAUAAAAUUGACAUCAAUUGCAAAAAGGAUGGCAAGCAAGCUCUAUAACCCUGACGGAGUGGGAAAGCCUUGGUCCAGUAUGGAGUUUGCGAUACGCGGACUCAUGCUUGAUCUUGAUUCAUGGCUUAUGAAUCUGCCCGCUGCUUACGACUUUACCUCAACACACACCUCACAAGGCUCAGCAACCCACAGAAUGAGUCUAGCUCUCACAUUUUACAGUACGAAGAUUGGGAUCACAAAGCCGUGUCUUCGCCGUAUAGAGUCAAGUACACUUGGUGAUAAAUCGGAAGAGUUUUGCAGAAAGGCUGCAGUUGAAUGUGUAGAAUCAGCUUGCCACAUGUUGAGACUGUUUCCCGAGUCUUUGGAAGCGGCAUUGCUUUACAAAUUAUCUCCUUGGUGGUGUAUUUUACAUUUCCUUAUGCAAGCAACCGCCGUCUUGCUAAUUGAGCUUUCUUUUCAUGUUCAACACGUCCCUGAAAAAGCGGCCAUGGUGUCAAAGGCGGCUAGAAAGUCCUACGAUUGGCUAUCAGUUAUGUCGGAGACUAGUAUGGCCUCAGAAAAAGCUCGGAGAAUGUGCGAUGAGUUCCUGCGCCGGCUUGGCUUCAACGGCGGUUCUGAGAUCCACUGCUUCCCUUGUAUAUCGGGCUUUACAGAACAGAACUCGCCCGAUGACGAACCUCACAAUUCACACCCCAGACUCACAAGAGUAGGCACCCCCAAUGGCCUUCCAGGCGGAGUAGGCUCUAUGCCAUUGUCACCGGUAGACCAUUCCAGCGUCGCUUCUGCCCGGCCAUCGUCAGUUGGCCUGAAGGUCCCGCAGACACAUGAAAUUGAGCAAGAUGAGAAAGCUCUCGCUGUACACAAUUUUUAUGACGGCUAUUUACCCUACGACCCUAACACGGGGCAGAUAACUGGUUCUUUUUUCCCUCUCGAAUAUGAUAUUGACAUCGGACUGGGGCCGUAUUAUUGGGAUGAAACGAUAGGAUGA